AUGUACCCAACUCCGGGCGCUCCUCCUCCUCAAUAUGGAUAUAGACCACAGAUGGGAAUGCCUCCACCAGGAAUGCAACCUCCUGGAAUGAAUCCAUAUGGACCCCCACCCGUUUUUCAACCUCCAAUGCUCGGAAGACAACCACCACAAAUGAAUCAACCACAAAUGAUUCCAGUAUUCAAUAUGCAAAUGCAAGGUGGAGCUCUUUAUCAGCCAUCAAAUCAACCUCCUCCACCACAAAUAAUUCUUACACGACCAAAUCCGCCAAAAGAACAAUAUGCAUGGGCACCAAGAACAGAGCCAAUGAAUUGGGGAUUAGCCGAAUCACUUGAUGUUAACCAAAUGGUUCAAAAAGGUGAUUUAGCUUCAGUCGAAUUUUAUAUGAAUAAGUUUACAUUUGCAAAUAUAUCAAAGGAUGAUAUGAAGCAAUUCGGAAGCAAGGGUGCCCUUAAUGCCUUUCUUAUAUUACAACUCGCAUGUGAUUAUCUAAUGGCUCAAAGGAAUAUGGCACCACCUCCAUCUACUGAUGAGCCAGAUGCGAAAUUGCUUGAGCAAUACAAUGCUAACAUUGCUCAAGCAACUAAAGCUAUCGAACAAUAUAAACUUAAAGUUAAAGAGCUGCAAAAACAAGUCGAAAGACUGAAAAAUGAUAGAGCAACAGAGAAAAAGAUCAUUUUGAAGCUUAAAGCCAAAUGUGGUAAGCUUCAAGAAUCCAUGAAAUCACGUCGAUUUAACAAAAAUAAUAACAUGGCUACUACAGAAACAGAACCAGGUGCUCUUAAAGAAACUCUUGCACUUCAACAACUUAGAAAGAAUGAGAAGAAGCUUGGGCAGCUAGACAGCAGCGAAAUUUCGUCAUCAUUAAGUGAAGCUAUAGAUACAAAAGAUCUAAAUAGAGAAACUGGAGAAAUAGUAGAUGAUGAUUCAGAUGAAGCUCAAUCUUCAACUGGAGAAUUCACAGGAAGUGAAUACGAAGAUGAAGAUGAAGGCGAAUAUGGAUCUAUUAAUGAUAGUGGAGCCUAUGAUGAUGGCACCGGUACAGUUAGAUCAGAUGACGAUGAUGAUAGCGGAGGAAUUUAUUCAGAAGGCGAAGUUUAA